AUGGGAGUCACAGUCCACCCAAGUCUGGUCAUAAGUCUCCAAGUCCGCCAGAGUCACAAGUCCACCAAGUCACCAAGUCACUUAAGUCUGCAGUCUAGCAAGUCCUGCCAGUCACUUGAGUCACAGUGUAAGUCACAAAGUCCGCCAAGUUACAAGUCCGCCGAGUCACAAUUCAGCAAGUCACAAGUCCACCAGUCUCAGUGCACCCAAGUCACCAAGUCCGGCAAAUCAUGUCCACCAAUCACAAGUCCACUUAGGUCACAAGCCAAGUCUGGGGUCACUCCAAGUUACAAGUCACCAAGUCACAGUCACAAGUCCAGUCCCAUGCAAAUCACCCAAGUCCACAUCACAAGUCCACCAAGUCCAAUUGAAGUCACAGGGCCCAAGUCACAAGUCCGCCAGGCACCAAUCCACCAGUCACAGAAUCACCAAGUCUCAUGUCACAAGUCUCAAGUCCGGUCACAAGUCCACAGAGUCACCCGCCAAGUCACAACCACAGACAAUCCACACUUGAAGUCACAAGUCACCAAGUCACAAGUCCAAAAUCACAAGUCACAAGUCUGGGGUCACCCAGUCUCCAAGUCCGCCAAGUCACAAGUCCGCCAGGUCCUGAGUCCGCCAGUUACGGGUCACAUAAUCCUGCAGAAGUCACUUAGGUCUGGGGUCACCAAGUCUCCAAGGUCCUUAGGUCACAAGUCCUUGAGUCACAAGUCCACCAAAUCCAAAUACACCAGAGUCACCAGUCACAAGGCCAUAGAGUCUAGGUCCGCCAAGUCAAAGUCCACUCAGGUUACAAGUCGCCAAAGUCAAAAGUCACCAAGUCACAAGUCCGACAAGUCACAAGUCACCCAAGUCACAAGUCCCACAAGUUACCAAGUCAUAGUCAAAGUCCCCAAGUCACAGUCCCGGCAGAGUCACAAGUCCCGCCAAGUCACAAGUCCUCCAAGUCCACAAGUCCUAAAAGUCACCAAAAUCACCAGUCACAGUCCACCAAGUCACAAGUCCACCAAGUCUCCAGUCCCAGUUACAAGUCCGCAGUCACAAGUCCGCCAAGUCACAAGUCCGCCAAGUCACAGGUCCGCCAAGUCACAAGUCCGCCAAGUCUUAAGUCCACCAGGUUACAAGUACACCAAGUACCGUCACAAAGUCACAAGUCCGCCAAGUCACCAAGUCCCGCCAAGUCACCAGAGUCCCCAGGUUACAAGUCACCAAGUUACAAGUCCACCAAGUUACAAGUCCGCCAAGUCACAAGUCCACAAGUCACAAGUCCAUAAGUCACAAGUCCGCCCAGUUACAAGUCCACUAAGUCCUGAAGUCACAAGUACCAAGUCACCAAGUCUGAGAUCACGCCGUCCAAAGUCCGCCAAGUUACAAGUCACGCCAAGUCAAAGGGGUCACUUAGUCCUGGGUCACGCCAAGUCAAAGUCCCGCCAAGUCUGA